AUGCGCGCAACGAUUGUGGGGAUCGUCUCCAUUGGAGAUAUGGGUCUGGGGAUAGCCAAGUUGCUCCAAUCACACGGUUUUCGCGUGGUCACCGUUACUCAAGGCCGGAGUGAGGACACUCUUACGCGAAUCCGCGCAGCCGCCAUCGAGGCACUCCCAUCCGACUACGACCUGGUCGUUCAGGCCGACUACAUCCUCUCCAUCGUACCACCUCGCAAUGCGCUCGCGACAGCCGAGCGCAUCGCAGAAGCCAGCCUCCAGCCCGAGACGCAAUCCCAGAGACAAUUAUUAGAAGAUGUCAACGGGCAUCCCAGCCGAAGCCCACUUUACUUUCUCGAGCUCAACGCCACGCCCGCACAAUCGGCCGAGGAGACAGCAGCGCUAUUCCAUCCAAACGAGACCAAAGCACGGAGCAGCGUCCCAAUCUUUCUCGACGGUGGAAUAAUCGGGGCUCCACCGACGCAGCGGCCAGAUGGAUCGUGGACAAAGCCAAGCGUCGUGAUCUCGGGACCAGUGGAGAAUCCACCGCCAGCAACCUUCACCGAGCUAGCGGACGCGCUGAAUGUGAAACUCGUAUCGGGACGAAUCGGGGCGGCGUCGACGCUGAAAUUAACGUUUGCAGCGCUGACAAAGGGCCUGACGGCGCUGGCGAUACUGUCUUUUUCUACGGCGGAGCGGGAGGCGGUGCUUCCGGAAUUACUGGCGCAUUUGGAGGAGUAUUCACCUGCGAUGGCGGGAUUGGCGCGGGCUGGGGUCGUGGGGAUGAGUCCAAAGGCGUAUCGGUGGGAGGAGGAGAUGCGUGGGAUUGGCGAGAUGUUGGAGCGUGAGGGUGGAUGGGAGGGAGUGGGUGGGAGGGUGUACGGCGGAAUCGCGGAGGUCUAUCGGACGGUGGCGGAGGAGACGAUCCUCGGCCAAGAACGAGUUGGACGGCGGGAGAGAGGGACCAGCGCUGAGGACGUGGCCCAGAUUCUUGCCGGACGUAAAGACUAG